AUGAAGAGUACAAAUUUCAGGAAUUUCUCAGUUAAUUCAAUUACUCAAUUUGAUUCAUAUUUUGUUGCAGGUUUAGAGUUAGAGACUAAUUAUUUACAAGAUUCAAGCCAUUUCGGGCAUGUUUUGAAAGGAUUCGAAGGGUUUCUUUCUUCAUCCAAGAACACUGCAAACUUGAAGAGAUCUAGGAAGUUUCAGCCUGAAGAUAGAUUGUUUUCUUUGUCAUCGGUCACGUCUCCAGAGGCUGAAGAACUCGGAGUUCGACAGGAUGAUGGAAGAUCCGACCGGUCUAAGGGUGGAGGCUUAGCUGCCAAUGGCCAAGGGAAACCAAAGAAGGGAAGAACCGCAUCAUCGGCGAGGGACAGAAAGAGAACCAGGCCAUCGAGUGAACAAGAUUUCGAUGACGAAGAUGAUCCUGAUAUGAGCUUGAGAUAGGUUAGAUAGCUACUUAAAACUUUGAUUGUAUUAUGUUCUUUGUAAUGCAUAGAAUUAUAAAUGUAAAUUGCUAGUUUAGCUUCAAUUGUAUUGUAUCUUUUAGACCUGAUUUGAUGCGUUGGC